UAUUAUUAUUAUUAUUAUUAUUAUCAUCUGCACCGCGGGUUCCUCCUCCACACUGAGUGGAUCAUGAAGGUCUAUGUGGAAGUUCUUCAGGUUUAAUUCUCUGGAGGUUUUGCUUUUUAAUCCUGCGCCAUGAGCUCCAGCGGCGGAUUAACAGAUCCAGAGCUCACAGCUCUCUCUUCCGUGUAUGUCUCCUGUCUCAGUCUCAGUUUAAUAGGAAGCUGCUCUGUUUUCAUCACCUCGAUUGUAAAGAGAAAAAACCUCCAUGAACAGGCGAAGCCUCUGAUCCAGCUGGCUCUAGCGGACCUCCUGGCCUCCCUCUGCCUCAGCUUCACGGCUCUGACGAACUUCCUGCGGUCCGGAGCGGUGUGGAGCGGGGAAGUGGUGUGCAGCGCAGGGUUAGCUCUGUCUCUGACGUUUUACUACAUCUCUUUUCUCCUCGUCAUCGUUUAUGCCUGUGAGUCAGCACGCAGCGUUCAGGGAUGGAGGGAGGAAGAUGAAGGAGCGUUCACAUGUCAGGAUCGCAGGAGGAGGAGGAUCGAUCUGCUGUACAUGUUCGUGUGGCUCCUACCCCUGAUUGGCUACGUGGUCUACAUCAGGACCGUUUCUUUUCCUCUGAUGUCUUUAACUCCAUCAGAUCCAGCCUUCGGGAAUAGUGUGAGGCCCGACGCUCACUUCUGCAACAGUUGUAUUCUAUUCCUCCACCUUCAUCUCACCGAUGAUGAAGUCUGUCCCACUGUGGAUUUACAACAUACUAAGUUUAUCAGGAUUUUCACACUUACAAGCGUGCUCUUUGUCCUCAUCUCCUGUACUUUGACGUACUGGAGGCUGGAGCUCAGGCUGAGGCGUUACGACCAGGAGGGUGUGAGAGGAGCUGAGAGGGUCUGGUCCUCGGCCAGGUACAUGAUCCUCGUCAUCAUCUUCUGCUGGACUCCAGCUCUCGUUCUGAUCGGAUUAUCAUUCGUUUUCUCUGAGACAGAGACUUUGUUUCCUCUCUUCAUCGUACAGGCGGUGUCAGUCUCUCUACACGGUUUCCUCAACAGCAUCGUCUACGCCUGGAGACGCCGGAACUUCCGAGAAGCCGUGCUCGGGGAGAGAAUGUCCCUGCUGGCGCACACACACCGAGCCUUCUUCGAACAAUCGCUGAAACACGAAGCAGAAGAAACAGGAAGUUAAUUUCAAACAUUCAGAGACUGAAAGAACAGAUGAAGUCACACUGUAAAGUACAGAGCAGCUUUAACACUGCGGGGGGAUUCGAUCCAAACAUCACGCCGGGAUUCGUUACAUCUGCGUCAGCGUCUGAGUCUCGAGAGGCGGCAAAACCUGUUCCAGACACGUGAUGGACGUCGGAAUUCACACGUGUGUGUCUGAUGUGUCCCAGUCUGGGUUAUUAUAGAACAAAUAUCACUUAUUUCAAAACUCAUAGAAACAAAAAUAAAAACACUUGAAAUAAAUUAUUAAUCAUCUGUAGAAGGAGAUCGUUUAAAACACAGGCUGAAUCUGCACGUGAUAACUGUGUGUGUGUGUGUGUGUGUGUGUGUGUGUGUGUGUGUGUGUAGAUACAUCACUGUUUACACUGCGGUGAUAUUCAGCUUUUAAAGAUGAUUAGAGACUUCGGUUUGUUGUCUACGUGUUAAAAUUAAACUAUGAAGUAUUCUUGUUUGUUUUUUAUUUAUUAUUAAAGUUUAUGGUUUUAACUCUC